UUAGUUGAAGCAAUCUGUCAUCACAAGCCAAGAUGGGAAGGCCUCCUUGUUGUGAUAAAUCCAAUGUGAAGAGGGGUCUUUGGACUGAAGAGGAGGAUGCCAAGAUACUUGCUUAUGUGUCAAAACAUGGAACUGGUAACUGGACUUCGGUUCCCAAGAAAGCAGGACUCAAAAGGUGUGGAAAGAGUUGUAGGCUCAGGUGGACUAAUUACCUGAGACCAGAUCUGAAGCAUGAAAGCUUCACUCCCCAAGAAGAAGAGUUGAUUAUUAACCUUCAUCAGGCUAUAGGUAGCAGGUGGUCCCUAAUAGCAGCCCAACUGCCAGGAAGAACAGACAACGAUGUAAAGAACUACUGGAACACUAAACUAAGGAAGAAGCUGUACGAGAUGGGUAUCGACCCCGUGACACACAAGCCUUUCUCCCAGAUUCUUGCCGAUUACGGCAACAUCGGCGGUCUCCCCAGAGCAGGAAACCGGAUUGGGUCCCUCAACAGGGACUUAAGGAAUGCAUUCAUGUCGAAAUCAGAAUCUGCUCCGCUCCCACAAGAAGCCAUUCUGAAUGCAUCCAGCCAUUCCAUAAUGACCAUCAGGACUCCCAAAAUGGAGCCAAUCCAAGACUGUCACACCAACAAUAACGGCAGCAGCAGUAACAAUAACAACCACUGCUGGGACCUUCUGGCUGAGCUUCAGGCCAUUAAACUAGUCACAGAAGCCUCAAACAGCACUAACCAAGAAACCAUCCCACCUCUCUUCUUCAGUGAAGGCUCUUCUACAUUCAGUUGGAGUGAGUUCCUUGUUGAAGAUGCAGUUCUUCCUUCUGAACAACAAACACAAUGCUACCUAGACUUCCAAGGACUGUCAUCAUCAACCGGCUCUUCAAGCCAAAUAGAAAUGCACGACGACAUAACACAAAAUGGACUCAACAGUGAAGCAAACAAAACUUUCUAUGAUGUCGGGGAGACUGACUAUGGCGGAGGCCAAGGUUUUGCAGGAAUAGACAAGGGAGGAGCAAACAAUGCAUUUGGAGCAUCUUCAUCUUCUGAUAAUUCUUUUAUUGAUGCGAUCUUGGAUCAAGACGGUGAGAUGUCAUGGGAAUUUGUUGACAUUUUGAGUGAACCAUUCUACUGAGUAUUCUGUAAAUGAACAUGUUACGUAGAGUAUGUGUUGGUGGU